AAGGUCCCAUAUGAUUCGGACGCCUCUAAAUCCCGCUUGACCUGCUCUCCACCGUCUGAUCCACGCGUUCUUCUUCUCUGCAUUUUCCAUUUUUGGCUUCCUCGAUUAUCGGUACGGAUAAUUUCCCUUUUUCUUUUAUUUUCCUUUCUUUCCAUCCAAACAGACUUUAAUCCGAGAAAAUCCAUUAACUGGACUCGGAUUCCUUUCGCCGCACCAUUUCACACCCUACUUCUCUCUCUAAUUUACUCCCAUUUUCCUUUUUCCCAUCUCGUUAAUCCAACCUUCUCUUUGCACUCUCUUCUGAUCAAAGCCGCUAUGAUUUUCACCACCAAAACCGUUCUGGGAUUUCGUUGAUUUGAUUGGUUCAUUGUGUAUGGUUAGCCAAUCGUCUCGGUUUUAGCGAUCUCCGGAGAUCGUUUGAUUUUGCGCUCUUUGUUGGGGUUUUCUUCUUGUUCUUCUUGUUUCUGGGUAAAGGAUAGUGAUGAUGAGUAGGCCUCAAGAAGAUCCGCAAUCUGGGGUUGAGAUUUUGCAUGAGGUUUCGUCUCUGCUUUUGAAAAUUCUCCGAUCGCCGCCCCCGCCGGUGCCUUUUUCCGAUCAUGUUCUGGAAUUGUCUUCCGUUAUUUCGUCGUCGUCGUCGAGAAUUUUGCCUUCGUCGCAGAUGACAUCGGCUGGAUUUGCGUCGCUGCUUUUGGGGAUUUCGCUGGCUUUGAUGCUCUGUGGAUCGGUUACUUUCUUUCUGGGCUUCAUCUUGAUGCCUUGGAUUCUCGUUUUCGCGAUGAUUUUCUAUGUGGUUGGGAUCGUUUCUAGCCUCUCGAUGCUGGGACGCUCUAUGCUUUGUUGUUUAACUGCUCCAAUGCCCCGGAAAGAUUUCAAUGCUUGGAAACAAAUGUAAAUAUGAAGAAACCUUGGUUCAACCAGAUAGUUGAAUUGUUUGCGAGAGGAUGGAGCGCUCGGGGCUUACAGGAGAAACCGAGUAAAGGUGCCCUUGUGAAUGAAUGGUGCUGCCUCUAGAAACAUAUAGGCAAGAUGAAGUUUGAAUUAUUUACCACCGUUUGUUGUUUUUUGAGGUUGUGGAGUGACAUUGUGUUGUGUAUCUUCUGCUUUUAGGACUUUUUGAGUCCAUAUGUGUAACUGCCACUGUUUGAAAUGCCUGUUAGGCUAUAAAACAAAAAGAAAUAAAAAAAUGUCGCAACAAUUGUGAAGGUUCA